UGGGCGCCGUGCGCGCCGCGCCGCGGGGCCGGGCUCGGCCCUCACCUGCCCGGCGUCCCGCGGGGGCAGCAUGGGCCGUCGGGCCGCGCUGGCCCUCGCCGUGCUCUCGGCCCUGCUGUGCCAGGUCUGGAGCUCGGGGGUCUUCGAGCUGAAGCUGCAGGAGUUCGUGAACAGGAAGGGGCUGCCGGGCAACCGCAGCUGCUGCCGCGGGGGCGCGGGCCCGCCGUGCGCCUGCAGGACCUUCUUCCGCGUGUGCCUCAAGCACUACCAGAGCAGCGUGUCCCCCGAGCCGCCCUGCACCUACGGCAGCUUCGUCACGCCCGUGCUGGGCACCGGCUCCUUCAGCCUGCCGGACGGCGCGGGCAGCGACCCCGCCUUCAGCAACCCCAUCCGCUUCCCCUUCGGCUUCACCUGGCCGGGCACCUUCUCGCUGAUCAUCGAGGCGCUUCACACCGACUCCCCGGACGACCUGACCACAGAGAACCCGGACCGGCUCAUCAGCCGCCUGGCCACGCAGCGGCACCUGACGGUGGGCGAGGAGUGGUCGCAGGACCUGCACAGCAGCGGCCGCACGGACCUCAAGUACUCGUACCGCUUCGUGUGCGACGAGCACUACUAUGGGGAGGGCUGCUCCGUCUUCUGCCGGCCCCGGGACGACGCCUUCGGUCACUUCACGUGCGGGGAGCGCGGGGAGAAGGUCUGCGACCCGGGCUGGAAAGGCCAGUACUGCACCGAACCAAUCUGCUUCCCAGGAUGUGACGACCAGCAUGGGUUCUGUGAGAAGCCUGGGGAGUGCAAGUGCAGAGUGGGCUGGCAGGGCCGCUACUGUGACCAGUGCAUCCGGUACCCAGGCUGUCUCCACGGCACCUGCCAGCAGCCAUGGCAGUGCAACUGCCAGGAAGGCUGGGGGGGGCUUUUCUGCAACCAGGACCUCAAUUACUGCACACACCACAGGCCAUGCAAGAAUGGGGCCACCUGCACCAACACGGGCCAGGGCAGCUACACGUGCUCCUGCCAGCCUGGGUACACAGGGGCCACCUGCGAGACCGAGGUGGACGAGUGCGCGCCUGGCCCCUGCAGGAACGGAGGCAGCUGCACGGACCUCGAGAACGGCUACUCCUGCAGCUGCCCUCCGGGCUUCUAUGGCCGGAUCUGUGAACUGAGCGCCAUGGCGUGUGCUGACGGCCCGUGCUUCAAUGGAGGACGUUGCACGGACAACCCCGGGGGAGGCUACAGCUGUCGCUGCCCGGCCGGCUUCUCUGGCUUCAACUGUGAGAAGAAGGUGGAUCCGUGCAGCUCCGAGCCCUGCUCCAACGGUGCACAGUGCGUGGACCUGGGUGGCACGUACUUGUGCCGCUGCCAGCCCGGCUUCUCAGGGCGCCACUGCACGGACAACAUAGACGACUGUGCCCCGUCCCCGUGCGCCAACGGGGGCACGUGCCGGGAUGGCAUAAAUGAGUUCUCCUGUACCUGCCCCCCUGGGUACACGGGCCCGAGCUGCAGCGCCCCGGUCAGCAGCUGUGAGCACGCACCCUGCCACAACGGAGCCACGUGCCACCAGCGGGACGGCCGCUACGUGUGUGCCUGUGCCCGCGGCUAUGGCGGCCCUAACUGCCAGUUCCUGCUGCCUGAGCCGGAACCUGGGCCCCCGUCGGAGAAGUACGUGGAGGGCCAGGCCGGGCCCUUCCCCUGGGUGGCCGUGUGUGCUGGCGCUGUCCUGGUCCUCAUGUUGCUGCUGGGCUGUGCGGCUGGCGUGGUCUGCGUGCGGCUGCGGCUGCAGAAGCGCCGGCCUCCCGCCGACCCCUGCCGGGCCGAGACGGAGACCAUGAACAACCUGGCCAGCUGCCAGCGUGAGAAGGACAUCGCGGUCAGCGUCAUUGGGCCCACGCAGAUCAAGAACACCAACAAGAAGGCUGAGCUGCAUGGGGAGCACGGUGCCCAGCCCAGCUUCCCGGCGCGCUGCCCGGCCGUGGACUACAACUUGGUGCCCGCUGGCACUGAGAAGGACCGGGCGCCCCUCGGGGGGGACGUGGCUGAGAGGCGGCGGCCGGAUGCGGCGUUCGAGCUGUCCAAGGACACCAAGUACCAGUCGGUGUUCGUCAUCUCGGAGGAGAAGGACGAGUGCGUGAUAGCCACCGAGAAGCGCCCUGACUUGGGUAACAAGUUCAAGGUCUCAUCUGCUUUCAUGGAGAUGGAAAAUGCCAGAAUUCUGGUGGCCCAUUUCACAAAGGAUUGCCAAGCGCUUUCAGAUAUCUCCUGCACUGUCUGGUAAAGUCUGGAAGUCAGGGGAGGAGCACCUUUCCCUCAUCCAGCGGGUGACCUGCGGUGAUGAGGCUGAGCCUCGCCUCGCCAUUCUGGAGUCCCAGCUCGGCUGGGGAUGUCCCGAGAUGGAUGUUUCCAUCGGCGUGGAACUAGGGAGACCCAGUGCUCCAAUAGCUCGUCCCUCACUCCAGCGAAUUCUGCACGGGCAGCUGGCCUACUCCUGGGAUGGCCAGGAGCUGUGAGCGGCUGUGUGCCUGCAGGCUUUGCCAGGGGCCAGAUCUUUCCGGACCGUCCUUGGGGUGUGGGUGCCCGUGAGAUGGGGAGCCUCAGAGUGUUCUUUAGAUCUUUUCCCUUCCCCUCUGGAGUGCUGUGAUGCCCCUGGGCUGGUUCUGCCUUUUCGUGUGCACCCUGGCUGGUGUUCCUCUGGCAGGCCUGCCCUGUGGCUGUUUCUCUGCAUGCUCCCGUGUCCCAGGCCUGUGGCAGCCUUCCAGUGCCUCCAGGCCAGCGCCGCCCAGCCACGGGACCAGCCGUUUUCUGCAGCAAGCCCCGGUUUCUGCAGUGGAGCAGCAAAGGUGCCUGCAAUCCUGUGCAACUGUGAGCCCCGCUGAGGGCAGCUGCUGCCUUGUGCCAGUGGUGCCAAUCCCUGCAAGGGGUCACAGCUCCAUGUGCCUGACACGGGUGCCCGCUGGGCAGGCAGGUUCUGCGCAGAGAUAUUGGGACUUGAGUCUGCUCAGGUCCCACCUGGUCACUGUGACAAGACCACAGGUAGAAGGAUGCUGCUGGAUACCGCUGGGACCUAGGCGGGGGAGCCAGGGUGGACACCAGGCCCAGCAAGGUGCAGGGAGCUUCAGCAGGCCAUGCAGACCCAGGGACGUGGCUGAAAGCAGCUGAGACUUCACAUGCCAGCGGAGAAGUGAGAACACA